AUGUCCUCACAGCGCGUCAUACAAGACUCUGAUGACGAGGAUGGAGACAUUCUCUCUGAUGUCGCAUCCUCCUGUGACCCUCUUCAAGAUUCAUCAUUUGCGCCGAAAGGACCUGGCACAGCGAUCAAGCGUGUCCAUGAGAAUCAACCGACUAUUCAAGAACAAGCACAAGCGCAAUUUUCGGCCAGCGAUCUACCGCAAGUUGAUUUCGAUAGGUUUUUGCGGUCGGAAUCGUCUAUUAUGGAAGGUGAUUAUGAGGAUGAGAGAUGGGUGUCGACUGCGAAUUCGAAUCCGGGCAAUGUCAUGCCAUUUGGAAACUUCCACGCGGAGCAAAUGCAACUACAAGACAACAGUUUCCGAUACACCGUCAAUGCGCCGCAUAACGCUCUGGGUUCGCUUCCACCAACUUCCAACGCAGACUACGAUGACACGGUAGUUGCAGACGACAUUAACCAUCCUUCGAAGCGACGAAAGGUCUCAAAUACUAAUACGCAAGAUACCUUGCUGAAAGAACAUGAUGAAGCCGGUUCGUCUUACGACUUUUUCGCAUCGCCUGAUCCGAAUGGACCGCGUCAGACGGCGACUUCGCUUCCGCCAGUUGCCGCUGUGGAAGAUAAUAGUGGCAUGCAACAUGAUGUUGAAACUAAGCCGCUGCCGAUGGGGACACCACCGCCUACGAUACCGUUCUCAGAGGAUCCUCUACCAGAAGAGCAGGAAGGAAUUGUAGUAGGGGCCACGACGGCUAUACAUGAAGUCCAAGAACCGGUCAUUCAACAGCCGCCAUCUGAGACGGAUACUGAAAUUUUGAGUACGAAAAAGAAAAGAGGACGGCCCAAGAAGCAGGAUACUAGCGAGACUGCAUAUAGCGAGGUUAAAGUUGUCCUUGAAAAUGCAGCUGAGGUCACAGAGCAGCAACCAACCAAGAAAAAGCCGGGCCGGCCAAAGAAGCAGGAUAACGAUGCUACAGUGGAGCAGCCUCCAGCAGCUGACCCAUCCAGAGAUCAAGGGUCUACAAAUGAAACAAACUCCGCUACUGCAACUACUGUGAAAGCGUCAAAGAAGAAAGUCAAACGCAGCAGAACAACUUCCGAUAUACCAAAUAACAAGUCCAGUGAACUAAAAGCCGAUCAGGAUGUUGUCUGGAUCGAGACGAAUCCAACUGAUUUCAUAACAAUAGAUGAAAAGACAAAUACCACGGGACAAGCCCCUGCUACAGAGGAAAUAAAAGUCUCCAAAAAGCGUGGCCGUAAGAAGAAAGAAGUCAUUGAAGAACCAGCAGCGACCUCCGCUGAAACUCAGACUGCUCUUCAGGAUAUUUCCAAUAUACAACAACAAGAUCCGCAACAGGGGAAACAGAAGGACAUCGAAGUCGAGAUUGACAACAUCAAACAACACGUACCAGAUGCAAUGGAUAAUUCCAAUGCUACAAACAUCCCUGAAACGCUAGUCGUAGGAGGAGUACAGACUCCCACACCUCAAGAGAAAAACAAUGCAAUGAAACAGGCGCCCAUUUCUAGCGCUGGCAAGGUCCCGUUUAGAGUGGGCUUGAGUCGGAGGGCUAGAAUUGCGCCGUUGCUGAAGGUUGUCCGGAAGUGA